GGAUGCUAAGUUACUUAGUCAAGUUCACCUCAAUAUUUUCGGCAGUUGGUUAGUGUUAACCAUCUCGCUACCAUCCAUUUGAUUCUAACGGAACAGCGGUAAAAUGGCGGAUAAGGAGAAGAAGAAGAAGACCAAGAAGAAGGAGGAGGCGGCACCAGCAGCGGCUGCUGAAGCACCACCACCAGAGCCAGAGCCCAAGAAGGAAGAGCCCAAGCCGAAGAGCCCGUCUGGAACUCCAACGAGUUCAGCUCGUGCCAGCAGCCGCGGUUCCAAGAGGGCGAAACGCGCUGGAUCCAGUGUAUUUUCUAUGUUCUCGCAGAAACAGGUCGCUGAAUUCAAAGAGGCGUUCCAACUGAUGGACCACGACAAGGAUGGAGUUAUCGGCAAAGAGGAUCUUCGUCAGACCUUCGACUCGGUGGGUCGUCUUGCCACUGACAAAGAGUUGGACGACAUGCUGGAGGAAGUACCUGGACCCAUCAACUUCACCCAACUACUCACCCUCUUCGCAAAUCGCAUGUCCGGAGCAGGAUCGGAUGAGGACGACGUCGUGAUCGCGGCCUUCCAGACCUUCGACGUCAACGGAAAGAUCAACGGCGACCGGUUGAGGCAUGCCCUGAUGACCUUCGGCGACAAAUUCACAGCCAAGGAAGUGAACGAUGCCUUCGACAACAUGUACAUUGACGAGAAAGGAAUGAUCGACACUCCAAGUCUGAUUGACAUGUUGACAGGAAAGGGUGACGAUGAAGACGAAUAAAUAAUAGGCUGAAUAAAUAAGCAUCUCUCCCAUAAAAAUGACAUCUUUAAAAACAAAUGAACAAUAUUAAAAUACAUUUUAACUUUUGAUGAUUGAAAAACCAUUUGAAUUCACGUGAGUCGUGGCUCUUCGACUCAUUAUCUCGAUUAUUUUUCGAAUCAUUUGCUCGUGUAUAUAUGUUAUACGUUAAAUUAACUCAAUAAUUAUUUAUCAACAUGAACCCUUCUCUCCUGUCCCACCUCAUCCAAUUAUAUUUUUUGUUUAUUUCACUGUUUAUUUUUGUUUUCGUUUCGUUUUAAGAGAGGUAAUCAUCGCGGACUUGCAAUCCGAGCUAUCGCGAUUUCCUUCAUCCAUUCUCAUUCUAUUCAUAUAAAUAAAAUUAUUUAAAAGA